UAGGUUUAAGGUUAGGCUUAGGGGUUAGGUUUAAGUUUAGGUUUAAGGUUAGGCUUAGGGGUUAGGGGUUAGGUUUAAGGUUAGGGAAAAUAUCAUUUGGAAUGGGAAUCCAUUGUUGGGUCCCCAAAAAGUCCUCACAAAUAUAGUAAGACAUAUCUGUGUGUUAGUGUGACUCCUCCCCCUCUGUGUGUCACCAGGUGGAGUGGUCCCCAGGUAAAGCCCUCCUAUGAGGUGAGGUUAAGGUGACCCCUGACCCCGCUCACACAGCGCCCCUCCACCAGGCAGCAGGACUAAGGGAUGUCACGGGGCUUCCUACUGCUCACACUGCUCACAGUCUUCUCCAGCAUCCAAGUGUCCCCAGCUAAGCCAUUAAAGGCGUUGAUGCAGAGAUGGGUGAUGUACACGGAGGAGUGUAGCCGCAAUCACAGCAGAGAACCACCGCUCACUGGUGUUGUGUGUAACAGGACCUUUGACAUGUAUGCCUGCUGGCCCGAUGGACUCGCCAACACUACUGUCAGUGUGUCCUGUCCCUGGUACCUGCCCUGGCACCACAAAGUCCAGCAUGGUUCGGUGUACAGGGAGUGUGACGCGGACGGCCAGUGGGUUCCCCAGAAGAACACGAGCGAGUGUGAUGCUAAUGAUCCUGCUCAGCCUCACUAUGGUCAGAUCCUCAAGAAGUUCCGGACCAUGUACACCGUGGGCUACUCUCUGUCUCUGGGGGCUCUGGUGUUAGCGCUCGGAAUCCUGAUCACUUUCAGGAAGCUCCACUGUAUGAGGAACAACAUCCACAUGAACCUGUUUGCAUCCUUCAUCCUGCGUGCUCUGUCCAUCCUGAUAAAGGACGCCAUGUUGGAGGCUCCCAGCGUCAACAUCGGACAGGACCAGGAUGUUACAGACUAUGAGGUGGAGUGGCUCGUCAACAACGAGACGGCGGUGGGGUGUCGUAUCGCCGUGGUGAUGAUGCAGUACAGUAUCAUGGCUAACAGCUAUUGGCUGCUGGUGGAAGGCAUCUACCUCCACAACCUGCUGGUCAUCACCGUGUUCACUGAGAGAAACUACUUCAACAUCUACCUGUGUAUCGGCUGGGGUGCCCCUCUGAUCUUCCUGGUGCCCUGGGUGAUGGUGAAAUACCUGUAUGAAAAUGAGGAGUGCUGGGAGCAGAAUAUCAACAUGCAGUACUGGUGGAUCAUACGUUCUCCUAUACUGUUAGCAGUUGUGAUUAACUUCCUGAUCUUCAUCCACAUAAUAAAGAUCCUGGUGUCCAAACUGAGGGCUCACCAGAUGAGAUACUCCGACUACAAGUUCCGGUUGGCUAAGUCUACCCUGACCCUGAUCCCUCUACUAGGGAUACACUUGGUGGUGUUUGUCUUCGUGACGGAUGAGUCCACCAAGGCCACCAUCACCCUGCGUCUCACCAAACUCUUCAUCGAUCUCUUCUUCACCUCCUUCCAGGGUCUGCUGGUAGCUAUCUUAUACUGCUUUGUCAACAAAGAGGUCCAGUCAGAGAUCCUGAAGAAGUGGAAGCGUUGGAAGCUGGGUCGUAACAUCGAGGAGGAGUACCGCCACACCUAUAGCCAGACGCCCCACCUCAACACUAAGAGCAGCAGCCUGCUGGGUCACGCUCCCCGACAUCACCACCUCCUCACCUGCUCCCCUGGCCAGGGCCCAGGCUGCUCCCCAGAGGAGAAGCACCUCCUGGUGGUGAGCUGUCAGAAUGGCAUGGGGCGGAGCAGGAAGAACACAGGGUCGUCCAUGCAGUUUCCCUCCCUACCACGUGAGGGCACCAUCAGCUGUAGUCACACACUGAUAGAGGAUCAUAUGGAUGAAAUCUGCUUGACGGACAGGGUGUCAGAGUGUUACGAGGCUCCUAGAGGAAAUGCAGAGAGCCACCUCUGAGACUGGAGAGGAUGGGGAAGAUUAAUAACGUAACACCCUGGUAACUACAGUAGAGACUGGAGAGGACGGGGAAGAUUAAUGACGUAACACCCUGGUAACUACAGCAGAGACUGGAGAGGAUGGGGAAGAUUAAUGACGUAACACCCUGGUAACUACAGCAGAGACUGGAGAGGACGGGGAAGUUUAAUGACGUAACACCCUGGUAACUACAGUAGAGACUGGAGAGGACGGGGAAGAUUAAUGACGUAACACCCUGGUAACUACAGUAGAGACUGGAGAGGACGGGGAAGAUUAAUGACGUAACACCCUGGUAACUACAGUAGAGACUGGAGAGGACGGGGAAGAUUAAUGACGUAACACCUUGGUAACUACAUUAGAGACUGGAGAGGACGGGGAAGAUUAAUGACGUAACACCCUGGUAACUACAGUAGAGACUGGAGAGAACGGGGAAGAUUAAUGACGUAACACCCUGGUAACACUCUGGAGCUGGGCAGUGUGUUUCAGGAGAAGUGUGUUUCUCAAUGGCCGUCACCCUGGACCUAUGUUAAUGAGCGAGAUGGCCUUGACAGACCCAGGACCAGUGUAUGUCUCAAUGUUCGUAUCGUCACCCUGAAACAGUGUUAUUGGGAGAGAGAGACACCUACUCAACCCUCCAAUCCACAGCCAAAUGAGAGAAACAUAGAACAAGCUAGACCUCCCAUGUUGAACCCCUCUGACCCAGACCAGCCCGCCCAUGUUGAACCCCUCUGACCCAGACCAGCCCUCCCAUGUUGAACCCCUCUGACCCAGACCAGCCCUCCCA